AUGCCCAUGAAGGGCGUACGUAGAUUUGGUGUGUCGGGGAAGCUUAGUCCCCGUUACAUUGGACCUUUUGAGAUCCUAGAGCGAGUUGGCUCUUUGGCCUAUAGGUUGGACUUACCACCACAGUUAUUUGGUAUUCAUAAUGUCUUCCAUGUGUCAAUGUUGAGGAAGUACGUGCUGCACCCCCAGAAUGUCAUUGAUUAUCAAGUUAUAGAAGUCGGGGAAGAUGUCACAUAUAAGGAAAGACCUAUCGGUAUUUUGGAAUGGAAAUGGAGGGUGAUGAGGAACCGAUCAAUUCCUUUUGUGAAAGUUCAGUGGCAACGUCAUGCUUCAGACGAGGCUACUUGGGAGCGUGAGGAUGAGAUGAGAUGUCUUUUCCCCCAGCUUUUUGAAUGA